CCCGGCUCACGGCACUGGCGUCGUGUCGCCACAGGCCGCGGUGGCGCGCGGAAGGAGGGCGCUGCUCCCGAACGCGGCCAACGGGCUGCGGUAGCGAUUUACUGCGAGCCUGUCAAACACAAGCAACACAGCCAACAUGGCGGACUGGGACGCUGACAACUUCGAACCGGAGGAGCCGAUUAAAAAGGCGGCAGCGCUGGACAAAUGGGAAGGCGAAGACGAGGAUGAUGAUGUUAAGGACAAUUGGGAUGAUGAGGAUGAAGAUGAGGAGAAAAAAGAAGAGAUGAAGACAUCAGAGGCAAAAGUUUCUGAAAAAAGAAAGUUAAGCGAGAAGAUCAAAGAGAAGGAAAAUCGGUUAAAGAAAAAACAACAGGAGCAGAAGGAGAAAGAGUUGGAGAACAAAGAAGAAGAACUCACUCCUGAGGAACAACUCGCAGAGAAGUUAAGAGUGAAGAAAUUACAGGAAGAUGCGGAUUUGGAGCUAGCAAAAGAUGCAUUUGGUGUCAGCAGCACUUCAAACAGUGUCACUGGGAUUGACGCCAUGUGUCCAUCUUCUAAAGAAGACUUCACAGAGUUUGAAAAGUUAUUGAAAGAAAAGAUAUUGCAGUUUGAAAAAUCUGUCCAUUAUACAAGUUUCUUGGAUUCAUUGUUUCGGGAACUCUGUAUUUCAUUGGAAGUAGAGGAGUUGAAGAAAAUCAGCAAUUCCUUGUCAGUCCUACUUGGUGAAAGACAGAAACAAGAGAAACAAAACAAAGGAAAGAAAAAGAAGAAAGGGGUCCUAGCUGGAGGCGGAUUGAAAGCAAAGCUAAAAGAUGACCUUGACUAUGCAGAGUUUGAUGGUGGCUACGCCCAAGACUAUGAGGACUUCAUGUGACACUGGCUCCAUCACUACUGCCCUUUUCCUUCCCAACCCUCAGAAAUGCAGCUGUACCUUCUCAUGCUGUCCAGUGCCAUCCUGGAAAAUCGGAACUAUGUGUUGCCCCCUCCAUACUGCUUCAUUGACCAGAGGGACUAAACCAGGAAGCAUCCUGUCUCACCAACUGUUUAUGUUCAUACAUAUGGAAUUGCCUUUUUCGUCUCAUGCAGCCUCAACUCACAAAUAAUCAUGUAAUAUUCGUUGGGUGACCCAGUUUCAGUGAAGAAUACAUUGUAACUGCUGUUGUCGGUUUUGCACAGGGCUAAUUUUUAUUAAAAUGUUGCCCCUGUCAAAAUUCCAGAUACAGUAUUUCAGUUAUAAGUGUAGUGACAUAGAAACACAAGGUUCUAUGCAAACUCUUUAACAAGAAUGUCAUGUAUAUAGUAUAGGUCUCACUUACCUAUGGGUGGUUCUGAUACAGGAAAGUAUAUAGUAUCUAUAACAUUGGUUGCCAAAUGCAGAACAAUUAUUCAAGAAAUUAGUUUUUUUUUUUCCUCUGGAAAGCGCAAUGUGGGUGAAUUUACUGGCAACAUGUAAGUAGUAGAUUUAAUUUUACAAAGCACAUGACAUUCGCUGUAAAAUAAAAGGGAUAGAAAAGUAUAAAUGUGACUUAAAACCUCAGCCAUUCUGUUGCUACAUUUCUGGAAUAUCCUUGAAAAUUUGGAGCAAAGAUUGCUUAUAGAUAUUUUUCUGUGCAUGACAAACACGAUUUACUAAUUUGAUUUCUACUAAUGUAUGAAAAGUGUUAAUCGGGCAAGGGGGUUAACUUGCUACACCUGGUUCUCCUACUCAUUGCUUCUGCAGGCUUGUAUCAAGUAUGAUAAGGAGCGGGGGCUUAUGGAAUUCACCCCAACAUGUCUUCAUAUGGGCUACAGUUAGUUGAAAGGGGCAUAGUUCUCCCUCUUUCUGGAAAUUGAAAACUUUCAAUGUUAUAUGGACAAUUGGAUACAUUACAAUGUGGGCGAUACGGCAUCUGCGUUUUAUAAGCAUCUAAUUUAAUAAAUCACUGGUCAAAAGGAA